AUGAUACAUUUAAUGUGAAACUCAAAUUUUGACAAAUUGGUAACUAUUUGUGACAAUGUACCCACGGGAGAUAAUUUGAUUCGUGAUUUUGAGAGAGAAAAGAAACGAUUGAUUGGUCUGGAAUUACAUGCGAUUACUUUGACUGAAUAUUACAAAAACAAGAGAAUCCCAAGAGGACUGAGAGUGAAAUUGAGACCUACUAUCUUCCGUGAUAAUACUGACUUCACUCACAGAUACGAGCAAAUUGUUAAUAAAUGCUCUAUGGACAUUUUAUUACUCAAUAUAGAAUUUCUACAGUCAGCAAUUCCGGAAGUAAGAACACAAAUUGCUGACAUUGAAUGCAAAUUGAGAAAUUCUGUGCAGCCAGAAAAUCUUAACAACUUACUUGCUCAUGCAGAGGAGGUGUUAAUUAAACACAAACGAGCUAUCGAGGAUAAGAAGCGCAGUAAAUUCCUGCACGAUAGUGAAGAUUAUCGUCUCGGCACCGUUUACAACUGGCAUCCAGGAAGUGACGUCUAUCAACGGCCAGCAUCGCGAGAGUACCCUGGGACCGGCGCGAGGAACACGCAACGCCGACUACCACGUGACCGCCCAAGAGACCCGGAAGAGCCGCACUUCACGGAUACACAGAGACGCGCUGAGCGAGUUACCGAGGACACAUCUACAAGCAAUACAGCGGAUAGCUCGGCAUCCACAUCCUCUUCUUUUUUAGGGGACCGCCCAACGGGAUACACCUCAAGAAAAAAAGACGGGGGAAACGAAGGCACCCUAGAUCGAGGAAAGGACAAAGGGACCCGACACUAUCCACAAGAAGACCGGAGACAACAGCCGCAGCGGAGAGCGAGGGACAAAACUUACAAGAGACGUUACUAAUGGAACGACAAUCAAUGUCCUGAGUGUCACACAUGGUCUCUGCACAUGUCAUGGGAUCAUUUGAAUGGUGCAGAGUCCGCUAGACGUCUCAGGUAUGCCGUAUCCAUUGUCACAAAUAGUUACCAAUUUGUCAAAAUUUGAGUUUCACAUUAAAUGUAUCAUAAUGUUUCAAAUCCUGGGGGGUUUCUUUGGAGGUUUAUCUUUUUUUCACCAAUGAUUUAUGGACACUCUGUGAAGAUGGACUCUAUUGAUUGGACAUUUCACCUGUAUUCAAAUGCAAACACUCUGGAUACUGGACUAUGACUCACACAAUUGAGAUUACCUUUAACCUUUUAACGAGGGGGAGGGGCUCACAAUCACCAACCCCCUGUAACCCCUAUUUAAGUUGUAUUUGUAUGUGACACAAGAGGCUUGAUAAAGGACCCGGAGGGGUCCGAAACGUUGCCCCUUUGUGAUGUAUACUUUGGGCUUGAAAUAA